GAUCCAUACAGCCUCGCACUACAACAACUUACUACGGUGAGACAUGACAUCCUCACCCGUCCGUAAGAUCGAAAGGAUUACUAUACACGGAGUAAGCACUAAGCAACAGCUUAGGCAGCACGACAACUAUAAAUCUCUCCCUCUGCACCCACCUCAAUGCCAACCACACUCCUAUCAAUCACAAUUCACACCUCAGCCCAACACUUCCACAAACCAAACACAAACAAUGUCUCCCAAAAGCAUCCUCGUCCUCAGCGCCACCGGCAACCAAGGCCGCGGCGUCGUCCAGCACUGCCUAUCGGCAGGUCACUCCGUCUCCGCCUACGUGCGCAACCCAGCCAGCAGCGCUGCAGUCCAACUCGCAGAACAAGGCGCGACCCUUAUCACAGGCGACCUCGACGACCUGGAAUCUCUCCGCACGGCGACACAAAACGUGGACGCCGUGUUCUUCACCGAAGUGCAAACCGGCAACCGUGAGCUCGAUCUCAAGCGCAUGGAGAACGUGAUCCUCGCUGCGCAGGAAUCGUCCACGAUCUCGCAUAUUAUUCUCUCUACAGCGCUCAAGACAGGCCAGCAUGAGUCAUUCCCCGGGUGGGAGGGCGGUGCGCACCCAAUGAAGGAGUACUGGCUCCAGAAGCAUGCGCUGGAGAACCGUGUCCGUGAGGCUGCGGCAGCGAAGAAUGGGGGCCGCUGGACGAUUAUCCGACCGGGCCACUUCCUUCAGAAUCUCCUGCCGUCGGUGCGGGACUUCAUGUUCCCUGGCUUCAAGGAAGAGCGGGUCUUGCGCGUGGCGUAUCGGGCCGGGACGGAGCUGCCGUUGGUGGAUGCGCGGGAUGUGGGGAUUGUGGUUGCGGCUGCGGUUAAGGAGCCCGAGCGGUUUGCGAACAAGGCUAUUGAUGUCGCGGUGGAGGUGGUCACGGUGGAGCAGUUGGCGGGGAAGAUUGGGAAGGUGGUGGGUGAAGAGGUAAAGGUGGAGUUUUUGGACGAUGAGGUCGUGGAUGGGAUGAUCAAGGAGGGGCAUCUUGGUGCUGCUUCGUCAAGAUGGGCCGAUGAGGUGCCCGGUGGGGAUGGUGUGAGUAACUGUCGCGAGGACUUGGGGGCUUUGGCGGAGGGACUUACUUCCGUGGAUGCGUUCUUGAAGGAGAAUGGGAAGGAGAUCUUGGCUUGAUGCUGAGGAUGGUGUUGAAAGUGAGAUAAGGUAGUUGGUUUGUUUGAAGGAUGCUGGAUGGCAAUAUGUAUAGAACUGUUCAUGUGUUUCUGCAAUGUGUGAUUAUUUGGGAAUUUUAUUGAUGUCUUGUG